AUGAUUGGCGAAUCGGCUAGUGUAGACGUAGAAUCAGCUGAAAAAUAUCCAAUGGAGUUCCGUGAAAUUGUGGAAAGGGGAAAUUAUCCACCAAAUUUAAUUUUUAAUGAUCGUCUAACUCUUCUUCUCGGUGGAAAUGCAUCCGGAGAAUUAAAAUUGAAACCAUUGUUGAUUUAUCAAUCAGAAACUCCUCGUGCCAUGAAAGGUUAUUCUAAAAACAAUUUACCAGUUUUUUGGCGAAGUAACCCUAAGGCUUGGAUGACACAAAAUUUAUUUAUGGACUGGUUUAAAACUUGUUUUUGCCCAGCAAUAAAACAAUAUUACGAGGAUAUUGGAGCUAUAGAUCAAGGCGCAAUAGCAGCAUUCAAAGCCUAUUAUUUAAGAAAAACAAUGCACCAACUCAUUGAAGAAACUGAUGGAGGUGAUAGAGAUACCAUGCGGGUUUGGUGGAAACAAUUUAAUAUUAUGAAAGCUAUCAGAAACAUCGGCGAUGCGUGGAAUGAAAUCACCCAGUCGUGUAUGAAUGGUGUUUGGAAAAGGUUGCUCAGAGAAAAUGUUGAAGAUCACAUUAAUUAUGAAAAUGAUAUUCAAAAUAUCAUCGAUGAAAUUAGUCUUAUAGCCACUUCCGGAGGCAUCGAAGGUGUUGAUGUAGAUGAUAUUCAGACUUUGUUAAAAUCACACGGCGAACCAUUAACUACUAAUGAAUAG